CCGAAAUUCUACCGUAGGUCAUUUGAUAACGCGAUUCCUUGUCUAUUUGCGUACGCAAGCAAGGUAGAAAGUCGAAAGGAUGAUUUGCCCGCUGAAUUUCUCAGUGACGAUUUGGAAACAGUGUGGCAGUUCAUAUCGCACAGUGGCAAGCAAAUUAUCAAGGAGUUCCGCAAAAGAGAGCACUUGUUGGAACUUGAUGUGAAGCUGAAAGAAGACAUAGUAUCCAGUGAAGAUGAAAGCUUAGAUGACGAAGAAGAGGAGAUGAAUGAGGAUGAGGAAAACUAUGAAGAAAAUGAAGCCGAUUUACUGAAUUUGAAUCUUGCUGAAAUGGCUGCUUUUCUUGAUGAACAAGACCGUAUGGAAGGAACUGGCCCAAGUGUAUUGGACACAGUCGAUGAUUCUGAAACGGCUCCAGCUGAUUAUGGUUAUGAAGACUUUUUCGGUCGAAAAGACACAAUUGACGAGCGUGAGUCAGCAAAUCAGAAAGAGCGAAAGAAGAAGCGCAAUGCUGAUGAGAAGAGGCUGCGUAACAAGAAGAAGUCUGUACGAUUUGCAAUGGAUGUUGAAGAGCAAGAGGAGGAAGAUGGAAACGAAGAGCUAGCACACGAAGAACCUGCUGAGGUUUCUCAAGGCCCAGUGCUACUAGGUGAAGAGGAACAAUCCGAACAACCGCAAUCUAACCUGAAGAAAAGUUUGAAACGAUUAAAACAAACGAUAGCCAAAUUGGAACAGGAGAAUCUCGCACCGAGAUCGUGGCAACUGAGCGGUGAAGUGACAGCUCAACAACGUGAAGAAAAUGAGUUGCUUGAAACACACGUCCAAUUUGAUCAUGGCGCUAAGAAAGCACCCGAAAUCACAGAAGUGUUCACGGAAAAGCUGGAAGAUCUGAUUAAACAGCGUAUAAAGGAUAAGGCGUUUGAUGAUGUUGUGCGUAAGAAACGCGUAGAAGAGCGGACUGAACCAUAUAGGAAUCAAGCCAUAGAAGAACAAGAAAUUGUUAAAACAUCUUUGGCAGAGGUUUAUGAGAAGGAGUAUCAGAAAGCGGCUGGGGAAGCUUCUGCGUCUAAUACGGUAAACGAGGAGCACGUGGUCAUAGAGAAGCGAAUGCGUGAGCUGUUUCGGCUUAUCGAUGCAUUGUCCAACUUCGAUUACACUCCACCUGAGGUGAGACCCGAAGUUCGAGUUGUAUCGAACAUGCCGGCUUUGAGAGUUGAGGAGGUCGGUAUGAGCGCGUCGACGGACGCUCAGCUUCUCGCCCCCGAAGAACUGAAGAAACGGCAGAAAGGUGAUUUGAAGGCCGAUGAAGAACGUGAUCGUACGGACAAAUUACGACAACGCCGAAAAAAGAAAAACCACCAGAGGGCUUUGGUUGAGUUGUUUGGUGAAGACAAAGCCCUUGAGAAUCAAAAGAAGAAGAAAAAGAAGAAAUCGACUGAUGAGAAAGAAGCGGCAAAUGGUGACAAGCUGAAAAGUUCAGCGUUCUUCACAAAACUUCAGGAAACUGUACGAAACGAAAUCAAAGAGAAAACGACCAAGAAGAAAAAGAAGGUGAAGUCGGAGCAGGUGUCUGAAGGCGGUUCUAAGUAUAUGCUUAUGAAUUACACGGGUCAGUACGUCCAGCAACAGCCAUCCGGUGCUAUGCCUCCAAUGCAAGCUCAACAGCAAGCUCAAAUGAUGCAGCAGCAGCGCAUAGUGAUGGGUCAACCUGGGCAAGCAGCGCCUGGAAUGCGGCAGAUGUAUGCACCGCCUCCUGGGAUGAUGAACUCUCAAGUUGUGAUCGCUGGCUUAGUGGUAUUGAAGGUAAAAGAGUUCAACACGAUGCAACAACAACAACAGUCGAAGAUGGUGUCGAACGGACAAGGUGCUAUGAUGCAUCAACAAAUGAUGGGUCAAGGCGGCGUAAUGGUAGGUCCAAGCGGACAACGAGCUCCGGCUGGUCCUGGUGUAUAUGCUCAGCAGCAGCAACCAGCAUCAGUAAUGGCAUCUUCGUCCGGACCAAUGUCAGGCGCUGGCAUGUCUGGUCCUGCGUCGGCUCCUAUGCCAACGCAACAAAUGAGAAUGGCUAGUCACAUGGCCGGUGGUCAGGGUGUUGGUCCACAGCAAAUGAUGUCAGCAUCGUCAAUGAACCCGCAGUCAUCUGGUCAUAUAGGUGCUGGAGCUAGUCCACAAGUGCAUUCAUCUUUUGGUGGUCAUCAAAUGGCUGUUGGUUCUCCGCAUAUGUCAGGUGUUGGCCCUGCAGGUGGCAUGUCGAAUUCGCCAGUAACGUCCAUUCAGCCGUCAACUCCCCAGAAUCCUUCCUCUGUGCAGCCUGGUAGUGUUGGUCCAGGCAGUCAGCAACCGGGCUCGGUUCCAAGUCAAGAGGAGAACACAAAGGAAUAUAAUGACCUGGUGGAAAGUUUGAAGGAGCAAUAUUAUGAGAAACUGAAGCGUAUCGGUGAUCGGUGUGAUUUGGAUAAUAGCCCAAAACCGACAGGAUUCGAUAGGUUGAUGGAGAUCCUGGAUCGGAAGAGGAGGGUUUCGCAGUCAUUGCUGGAAAAAAUCGUGGGCAAUGUGCGCACGAUAGUGGAACGGUCGAGCCUCACGUAUCCAGUAAUUGAGACGUUGCGGCAAAUCGAAGCCGAAGGGCAGACGUCCGUUUUCGCUGCUGGUGUUAACGAUGAUCACCGUCCUUCAUCUCAGCCAAACCCUCCACAAGCUGUUCUAGAUCCAUGGAGAUCUGUUCGGCACUUGAUGAUCAAGGUGCCUGAACACCUAGCGAAUCUGGGCAAUUCUGAUGAUGAAUCCGCAGCCGAUGUUGGUGCAGUGAAGUCAUCAACAGCAGGAUCAUCACUGAAACGUCCUGCUCCUUCAGAUUUCAGCGAUUCUGGAAUUGAAGCGAAAGUAGAAAAGCUUGAAGAUUCCACUCAAGUAGAACGAAAUACUGAUCCAUCAGAAGAUGAAAAUAUGCGAAUAAAGAUUGAUUGCCUCUUCGAUACCCGUCAGCCGUGGCGAAUGUCAGUAGCGGCUUCGCGCGAGUUGAACGAGCUGCCCUGGCGAGUAGAUACAGACUGUUUACCGGCUUCCAGUCAUAGUCCUGACGCUGUGAUUUGUUUCGAUUCGGACUUGUUGUUAUGUCCUCCAUUGCGUGUACUUGUUCCUGCUUCUUACCCUCUCGAUCCGGCUGUUAUCCAGUUCGAUCGUUCGUUCCCACGUGGCGUUCAAAUAUCGUCACAGUUAUCUACGAUGCUCGAACGCAGUUUGUCAGUAGCUCCGUCUCGUUCCUUGACGCACAUUCACAGUGCGUUCCGAUCAGCCUGUCAGGAGUUGAUGCGUUUGAAAGGCGUACAUAAUGGGCACUAUAUUCCCAACAAGCAGCAUAAGCAAUUGGUUGCCUGA